AUGGAUUCUUCCACACUUUCAAACAACGUCACCAACCCUCUCCUAGUUAACCUUACUCCCUCACAACAAAAUAAUCAAACGUUAACUGAACUCGAUUUCUUUAAGAAUUGCUUCAACAAUGAUAAGGUUGUCUCUCCAUCUGCCUCUGUCGUCUCUCUCCUUGACAUUGAUCAUACCAACACGCCAUCUUUUUUCAAUUUCAAACUCAGCACUGGCACUGAUCUCUGUCUUGGUCUGAACGUUCUUGCUACCAAUGAUGCUAGUGAACAAGAAGAUGCUGACCUAUCAUCUAAAUCCGAUGAAGAAAACCCUAAGAAUGAGAUGUCUGUUCUUCGAGGAAAACUUGCUCGAAUGAAAAUGGAAAAUCGUCGAUUGAGUUUUAUGCUUAAACAGCUUCAAACUGAUUAUGAUACCUUGCAAAUGCGUUUUGAGAAAGAGAAAAACAUUGAAGUUGCAAGAGAUUUUUCGGAUCAUGAUUUGGAUAAUAAUGCUGAUACAGAGAUGGAUCCUGAUCUCUCUUCUUCAAGAACAAGAAGUUCUGAUCAAUUGGGAUUCCCACAUGAGAAAAACAUUGAAGUUGCAUCCAAGGAGUUAGUCCUAACUAAGAAUGGGAAAGUUAGUGAUGAAGAAAGGAAUGACUAUGGUAAAGGGACUAAAAGAGAGGGUAAUCUUGUAGGUCAUGCUGAGAGAUUUCAAAAGCCGAGUCCUCUAAACUAUGCUCCAAACUUUGUUAAUGAUGAUUCAACUGAUGUUGCUGCAAUCUUGACGAGAGCAAGAGUUUCUAUUAGAGCUAGAUCAGAUGGAAUCAUGGUUUCUGAUGGAUGCAAGUGGAGGAAGUAUAGACAGAAAAUAGUGAAAGGAGACCCGAGUCCUCGUGCUUAUUAUAGGUGCAACAUGGUUAGGGGUUGCCCAGUUAGAAAACAGAUCGUGAGUUCAUAUGUCACAACAUAUGAAGGCUAUCAUAACCAUACUUUACCUCCAGCAGCAAUGGAAAUAGCACAAACAACUGCAGCAGCUGCAAGAAUGCUUCUUUUAGAAUCAACUUUAAACAAAGAUGCAACACCAAAUGCAACUAUUCCUGAUUAUACAAAAAGAUUGGAGAGGGGUCUGAAGUAUGGUUUUGCGAGGUUCGUAAAUGUUGAGGAUGAGAGGAUGGUGGAGAUCAAGUUGAACAACGUCUUGUUAGAUGAGAGGAAGAUUGCUGCUAACAUCUCCAAAUUUAAGAGGAAGAUCACUAAUCUCCAUGUUGAUGGGGUCACUAGACACAGGAGUUCAAGAGCAGUUUUUAAGAACAAAGGGAUGGAAGGAAAUGACGGUGUUGUGAUCGCCGGUCCUUCCGGUGGAUAUGAAGGUUUAGCUUCUGGUUACACGAAAAGUUUCGCUGAGGCGGUGAGAACUGCAACGCCCGCAAAGACGAUUAUUUGCUUAAUUAGUCGUUUGGAAUAUUUAGUGAAAUUUUUGCGUUUUGGGACGAUUUAG